AUGGGAGAGAGACCAGAUUCUCACUCUGACAGCGGGAAGAGUUCUUCAGUGGCACCAGACUCAGAGACGCCCAAACCAGCAAGACAACAUCACUGCUCCCACUGUGGAAAGAGUUUUUGGUGGUUAGGGCACCUUAGACACCAUAAGAGAACGCACACAGGGGAGAAGCCMUACCAAUGCUCCCAGUGUGGAAAGAGRUUUACCAUGUUAGGGAACCUGAAACAGCAUGAGAGGACACACACUGCAGAAAGGCCUUUCAAAUGUUCCAAGUGUGGAAAGAGUUUUACAUGGUUACGGUACCUGAAUAAGCAUGAAGAAAUACACCUAGUAGGGAGGAAGACCUGCCAAUGCUCUCWGUGUGGAAAGAGAUUUACUACGUUAGGGUACCUGAAAACACACAAGAGRAUACACUCCGGAGAGAAGCCUUACCAAUGCUCCCAAUGUGGAAUGACUUAUAACCAGUUAGGGAACCUGAARUCWCAUGAGAGAAUACACACUGGAGAAAAGCCCUUCCAGUGCUCCCARUGUGGAAAGAGAUUUACUGGUUCAAAGAACCUGAAAUUGCAYGUGAGAAUACAUAGAGAUAAACAUACAAAUACACAGGAGGGGAAGGAGGAGGAGAAGACAUACCACUGCUCUCAUUGCGGAAAGACAUUUUCCCGGUCAGAGGACCUGAAAUCACAUGAGAGAAUAGAGAGGCUGUGUUCCGACUUGUGUUUUUGACUUUGAAUGUGUUUUUCUUCAAGCCACAUGAAAUCAAUAUUGUACACUGAAUACACCAAACAUUGGGAUCACCUUCCUAAUAUUGAGUUGCACCCCCCCCUCCCCCCAUUUUGCCCUCAGAACAGCCUCCAUUCAUCGG